CUUUCAAUUUCCCAAAACUCAGGGUGCCCAAUUACUCCAAAAUUAGACUCUUUAUUCCUUUCGUCUUGCUGCUGACAGCCACAAAGCCAAUCAGAGUCUCUUGUUUUCCAAGUUUUAGCAUCUAAACCUUUUUAAGCCCAUUUUUAACUACUGUGCUACAAUAUACUCACAAUGAGGCAUUCUCAUAUUUUACCACUAGCAUUGUCUUUAUAUUUUCUUACUUUGUUUCUUCCCUCCCAAGCUAGGUACCAUUACCAUAAAAAACACAAACACUCGAAUUAUCAUAAUGCACCUGAAAUUUCACCAUCUCCUUCUCCAUUCUCUGGACCUUCUAGCCCCCCUGAUGAAGCUCCUUGUCCUAGCCCCUCUGUUGAUGACAACUACCAGAAUACAUCUAAUAACCUGUUUGAUGUUCGAGCAUUUGGGGCCAUUGGAGAUGGAGUAACUGAUGCUACAGAGUCAUUCAAGAUGGCAUGGGACACUGCCUGCCAAAGUGAAUCGGCUGUUAAAGUUAUCCUCGUUCCCCAAGGUCUCUCCUUCGUCAUUCAAUCUGCUAUCUUCACAGGUCCUUGUAAAGGUGGCUUAGUACUAAAGGUUGAUGGCACUCUCAUGCCACCAGAUGGACCUGACUCUUGGCCAAAGAACACCAGUAAGCGUCAAUGGCUUGUCUUUUAUAGAAUCAAUGGCUUGUCACUUGAAGGAAGCGGUUUAAUAGAUGGUAGAGGAGAAAAAUGGUGGGACCUCCCUUGUAAGCCUCAUAAGGGACCCCAUGGGACAACAUCUCCAGGACCUUGCGACAGCCCUGUUGCCAUAAGGUUUUUCAUGAGUUCCAACUUGAGUGUACAAGGACUUAAAAUCAAGAACAGCCCCCAGUUCCACUUCAGAUUCGAUGGCUGCGAAAGCGUCCACGUGGAAUCAAUAUACAUAACAGCUCCAGCACUCAGCCCCAACACUGAUGGAAUACACAUAGAAAAUACCAAUGACGUGAAAAUAUACAAUUCGGUCAUUUCCAAUGGUGAUGACUGCGUGUCCAAAAAAAAAUAUAGGAAAAAAGAAUCUAGUUGUACUGUUUUCGAGACUUCAGCUAUACGCGGACUGAAUUCUCAGCAUAUGAAUACUAAAUGGUGUUUAGUUUAG